GCACCACAAAUGUCAACGAAUUGGUCGCAAUAGGACGCUGAAAAAGUUAAAAGUAAAUAUAAUCAAAUACAAAAGGCAAACAUCAAACAAAAGUGAACAGCAACCAGUAUAAAUAAUUAAGUAAUAAAUUGAAAAGUCGGUUAGUGAGAUAAAUUGCGUGCUUACAAACGAAGAACGUCGCAGCGCCUUUGCCUGAGAAAAUAUUGUGAAAUCACAGAAAAUAAAUUACUAAAAAGAAACAAAAAAUACAGAACAAGUGCAAAAAAAAUCGUGUCGCAAAAUGGAGAAGAACAAUAACAAUCUACAGGCGGAUAUUACACCGUCAGCCAACGGACAUGCCCUGCCAAAUGGCAAUGGUGCGGCGGGGGGCGUGGCUGAGCCGCUCAACUGGAACCAAAGAAUAUGGAAUACCUGGGAUGCGUUCGCAGAUGUCAUGUGGUUCAUCAUCUGCAGCAUAGGCUAUAUACUGCAGGACCUUUAUUACAUCGCCUUCGGCUAUCCCGAAAAGGAACUCAACACGGACAUUGCGUUAAUCACAGGUGGCGGCAAUGGACUCGGCCGUCAGCUUGCCGAGCGACUGGGCAAAAUGGGCACCAAAAUUAUCAUCUGGGACAUUAAUCAAAAGGGCAUUGCGGAGACCGUUCAGAUCGUAGAAGAGGCGGGCGGCUAUUGCAAGGGCUAUGUGGUGGAUAUAUCAAAGAAAGAGGAGGUCUACAAAGCGGCCGAUGUCAUCAGAGCAGAAGUUGGUGAUGUCACUUUGCUGAUUAACAAUGCUGGCGUUGUGUCUGGACUGCAUCUGCUGGAAACGCCAGACCAUCUGAUCGAGCGUUCGUUCAAUGUGAAUGUUAUAGCACACUUUUGGACCGCAAAAGCGUUUCUGCCCAAAAUGAUCGAGAAGGAACGUGGACAUAUCGUGACGAUCGCCUCUCUGGCUGGCCAUGUUGGCAUUAGCAAAUUGGUCGAUUACUGUGCCAGCAAAUUUGCAGCGGUUGGCUUCGAUGAGGCGCUGCGUCUGGAGCUGGAAGUUCUCGGACAUACGAACAUACAAACCACCUGCAUUUGCCCGUUCUUCAUACAGGCAACGGGCAUGUUUGAUGAUGUGAAUGCCAGAUGGGUGCCCACAUUGAAUCCCAACGAUGUGGCCGAUCGCGUCAUCUCGGCCAUUAGGAAGAACGAGAAGCUGGCCGUCCUUCCCGGUUUCCUCAAGUUUAUGCUGUCUCUCAAGUGGACCUUCCCUUGGGGUUGUGUGGGCGGCUUGUUGCGUCGCCUGGUGCCCGACGCCUCGCCCCAUGGCCUGCCCAGCUCCAGCAGCACUAGCAGCAGCAGCAGCAGCAGCAGCAGCAACAACAACAACAUCAAGAGCCAUGGCCAGGCGAAUGGCAACAUCAUGUCCUCAUCCACCGCCGCGGAUAUGGCUGCCCUUGAUGCUCAGUUGAGCAGCGCCAGUGCCGCGCUGCCAGCGAAAUCACCCUCGAUGCUCAUCCAACGGACACCGUCAUUGGGGGAGCGGGUGCUCUGAGGAGCGCCGCCUGCCGGCUUCGCCCUUGCCUGCGCGUAUUUGUUGCUUUUGCAUUUUACGAGUUAUGUGUGUAAUUGAAUUUGUGUUUUUGGCAAUUUUUUCUUUCUCUCUCUCUCUUGUUUUACAUUACUCUUUCCCUUUUGCUUUUUUUUUUUUGUUGGCCAAACGAACAUUCGCGGUGGAUUUGCGGAUGGAUUUGUGGUCAGGAGCACGUUUAGUAAUUUUAAGCUACGAGUCUAGUGAUAUUACAUUUAGUUAUGACGGCCCCCCACGGGGCCCUCAGAUACGAUUAGUUCUUUAAAUGCUGAUUCGUAUUUUCGUACAGAGUAAGAUAGAACGAGGCAAACGAGUGUAGUCAGCAGUCAGGUUCUUGAAAGCAUUUCCUUUCGGUUGUAGUUUUUCUUAAUACACAUAAAUCGUAUAAUUCUAAACUAGUUCAAUCCGUUAUUGCAUCGGGUUAAAUAAAUUUAAAUCGACUUAUGCCCUAGGUAAACUUUUCUCUUUUAAGCAACUUUAUACCUAAAACCUCUAUUUUUUCAUAAAUUUUAAUUAGCGAUAUUUUUAAUACUAAUUCCACUAAAGCGUAGUUAGGCAAAUUAUAACUUUGUCGACAGCAAAACAGAAAUAAUAUAUAUAACAAUACAAGUUUAAAAA